GCUUUCAAUUGAUAAAAAAUAUUUCGGAGCUUCGAGACGAAGCACAAUCUUUGCUUUGUUUCCUUCUAUUGAACGUCAGUAAAGUCAAUCAAAACGCGUCUACUUCAGAAGCUAUUUAAGUCGUUGAAAAAUCCAACGAUUUCACAACGACUACAAAAUACAUCAACUUCUACAUCAUCAUCAGCAAGCGGUAUACAAAAUAACAACAAAAAAAUGGUUAUCCAACACAACGUAAAGGGUUAUGAAGAGUUUACCAAAUUGGUAGAAGAAUUGGAAUCGAAUGCCGGUGGGCAACCAAUUCAUGUGCUCUUCAGCGGUGGCAAGGAUGAGAAUGGUCAGAGCUGGUGCCCUUAUUGUGUAAAAGCGGAGCCGGUUGUGCAUGAGGCACUUACUAAAGCGGCAGAAAAAUCACAUUUUGUUCAUGUGGAUGUUGGUGAGCGUGCAUAUUGGAAAGACUUGAAUUGCCCAUUUCGCAAAGAUCCCAAUACGCAUUUAAUAUUUUUGCCUACCCUACUGCGUUGGAAAUCGCCACAGCGUUUGGAUGGCGAACGCGUCAGCAAUAAGGAUCUAGUGGAAAUGAUAUUCGAAGAUGAGGAUUAAUUAUGUACAUAUGUAUCAGUGUUUGUGAGAUCCCUUAAUAAUGUUCUUUAAGUAUAUAUUUAUAUAUUUACUUACUUGCAAGCAUACAGAACUGUGCGAGUAAAUGUGUACACAUCACCUACGUCAAUAUGAAAAAUUUUGAUAUUUUCGAAAAUAAUUUACUAUUGGAAUGUUUUAUUUAAAUUAAUUUCACUAACUGACUACCUGUGUAUUAGUGUGCGUUGAAUAAAUUAAUAAUUACUUUUAUA